AUGAAUUUCAAUGAAUUGCAGAGUAACGGGGACCAGAACUACCAAGGUCACCAGCAGCAACAACAGCAGCACAUCCCCAUGCAACAACAGCAGCAACAGCAACAGCAAGCUCAGCAACAACCCCAGCAAAACAUGGACCAGAAUAGAAACCUCUACUCCAUGUUACCACCUCAAUUCCAAAACUUGACCCCUCAACAGCUUCAGCAGUUGAGACUGCAACCUCAAUUCCAGACUAUCAUGAGGAACUAUCUUCAGAGACAACAGCAGCUUCAGCAACAACAGCAACACCAGCAGGGCCAGCAAGGUCCAGGACAGUCUAUGAAUGUUAACCCAUUGAUGCAACAGCCACAACUGCAACAAAUUCAACAACCACUUCAGCAGCAAAUGAAUCCACAGAUGUCACAGCAGAUGCAGCUUCAACAGCAACUUCAGCAACAGAGAAUGCAACAGUUGCGACAACAACAGAUGAACUCUCAGCAAAGUGCACCACAACUGAGAGGAGCACAGGGAAAUGACAAUGGUGCAGCUCAACAGCUGCAACUUUACCAACAACAACAACAACAACAACAACAACAACAACAGCUUGCUGCUCAAAGAGGGAACCCAUCCUUGAACCAAGCUUAUAUCCAAAGACAGCAGCACCAACAACAGCAAGGUCCUAUUCAGAGUACUGGAGGAGUAAUCGGUGGCCAGGUUCCUUUGCCCCAGCAAAUGCACCUCCAGCAGCAGCAACAGCGUUCUAGGCAACCGCUGCUGGGCCAAAGUCAACAGUCACCACAAUUAAUGCAACAGCAGGGCAAUUUCCUGCAACAGCAGCUUCUUCAACAGCAGCAGCAACAGGCCCUUGCCCAAGGUCAAAUCCCCCACCCACGUCAGCAAAUUCCACAGCAUCAACAACAGCUUCCUCAGCAACAGCAACAGCAACACUUCCAACAGCAGCAACAUCUUCAGCAGCAGCAAAACCCCCACCAGCUUCAACAACAAGGACCAGCUCACCAACAGCAGGGAGUAAGAGUGGGCUCGAUUCCUGGAGGACCUCCACAGCAAGUCAUCGCAGGACAAAACCAACAGAUCCGCCAACUACUGCAAGGUCAGGGAGUUCCAGGACAGCAGGCCCUUGGAAAGCCAGUUGGAGGUGGGCCCUUGGUGAAUGGUGUUCCGCCAGCAAUACAGGGUCCUGUUCAUAGUGCUCAAAGCAUAAAUACCAGUCAACUUACUUCAACUACGUUUAAUGAGGUAAUUCCUCAGAAAAAUUUAAGCUCAUUGACGGAAUGGUCUGAUAAACUUAAGAAAGAAGGAGAACCAGUGCCUACUGAUGUGUUGGUAUAUGAAUCCAUAAUUCAGAAAGAUAGCAAGUUUAUGGGUAAAAUGACAAACCAAUUGAACAGCAGUAAGAGGUUGCUAGAUGGGUUGGUCCAAGAUAUCAAAUCAUAUACGGAUAUCAAGCAAUUAAGAAUGAAUGCUAUUGCCUUGAGUCAUAAAGGACAUUUCAAUAACAGUAUCUGGGGUGAAGGUUACCAGGGAUAUGGUAAUGGUAUUAGUAACACAUUUACAAGAUUGAUCUUACCAAAGGAUUUAGAUAAGUACACAUCACAACCUUUUAAAACCAUUGCUGCAGCAGAAAAUUUAAUCACGGAUUUACAGAUGAAUGAGAGGAUAAAAGAGCAGGAAGGGAAGGGUAAUGAUUUGGUUCCAAUCAGACUUGAAUUCGACAACGAAAGGGAUAGAUUUAAAUUACGUGAUACAUUCCUUUGGAAUUUGAAUGAAAACUGUCUUUCUUUAGAGAAUUUUGUUGCUGUUUUGAUUGAUGACUAUAAGUUCAUCCCUCCACAGAGUUUUGAAAAUAUAUUGGGCUCAAUAAAAGAACAAAUUCGAGAUUUUAAAAAGAAACCACAAUCCACAAUGGGAGAAUUAAGAGUUCCUUUAAAGAUUGACAUCACAAUCAACAAUACACAACUUGUUGAUCAAUUUGAGUGGGAUAUAUUCAACUUUGAAGAAAAUGACCCGGAAGAGUUUGCAGUAGUAUUAUGUGAUGAAUUAAAACUUCCAGGUGAAUUUACCACUGCCAUUUCUCACAGUAUUAGGGAACAGGUCCAAUUAUUCCACAAGGCAUUAUUCUUGAUUGGGUACAGUUUUGAUGGAUCUAUUGUGCAUGAGGAUGAAAUAAGAAGUCAUAUUUUACCACAAUUAAGAAUAUCCACUGGAGGUAGAAGGGAUGGAAUGGGCACUCUUAGUGAUGAAUUCUAUUCAAUUUUGAGAAAUCCAAGUUCUGUGGCUGAUAACACUCCAACAUUAAUAAAAUUGACACAAUUGGAGUUGGAUAGACUUGACAAGGAGAUGGAAAGAGAAGCUAGAAGAAAGCGUAGACACAAUUUGACGGAAGAUGGUGGAUUGGUUGGAGGUAAAGAAUUGAAUGGUUCUGGUGGGAGCAAUGCUGGAAGCGGUAGAUCUGGGACUUCAUCACGUAGAGCAGCAGCAUUGCAUGGUGGAGCUAGAGGUGGUGGUUCAGCAUUGCCAGACUUGUCCGAUUAUCCAAAGACAUUUAGAACACCGGCACCUUCUUCUGUUCUUCCAGGUGGAGUUGAUUUAGGAGUACCAGACAUUUAUGGAUACAAUGAAAUUGCUGUACAGAGAACUCUGAUCAAGAACCCGGAAUACAAGCCCCCACCUGUUGAAAAUAGAAAUAAUAGAGUUAGGUAUUCACAUGACACUGUCAACGGUAGGUUUAUUGUUAAUAUUAAGUUGAGAUGA